UAAAGAAGUUUUAAAUACAAAUAAAAAUCGCACGUCAAAACCGCAUAGGUAAGACCUUCACCGCUGCAACAUGCAUUGACUUCACCUACCUCAAAUCCGACAAAGUCUCAUCAUCUUUGAAGCGUUGAACGCUUCUCGUUUCUCCUCCGGUCGCUUGGUGAAUUAUUCUGGGUUUUGGCCUCUUUUAAUUCUCUGAUACCCUGCAAUGGUUUUAAUAGCUCUCUUUAUUAACCAUCAAUUUCCUCGGUGCUCAUCAAGUUGCUGAGGAGAAAGACUAAGGAACGUCAUGGCUGCCGGAAAUGGAGCCUCGAUUCGCUCCCUUCAACAGACUCCUACUUGGGCUGUCGCCACCGUUUGCUUCGUCAUCAUCGCCUUUUCCAUUUUGAUUGAACACUUGAUCCAUCUCAUUGCAAAAUGGCUCAAGGGACAUAAGAAAACUGCACUUUUUGAGGCUGUUGAGAAGCUUAAAUCAGUGCUUAUGGUGCUGGGUUUCAUGUCUCUUAUAUUAACAGUUACACAGAGCUCUAUCUCCAAAAUUUGUGUACCCAAUAAAUUUGCUAAUACUAUGCUUCCAUGCCAUAAAACUCAAUCCACAAAAACUGUCAAAGCAUUAGCCUAUGAUCAAGUAUGGAGCGAGCAAUUAUAUGAAAGAAUAUUGGCUGCUGAUAGUGAAACUUCAGGUUACUGUUCCAAGGGAAAAAGCUCUCUAAUAUCAGAGGAGGGGGCGAACCAGCUAAGUAUCUUUCUUUUCGUGUUAGCAGUUAUGCAAAUUGUGUAUAGUGUGGUCACAAUGGCUCUAGGAAGAGCUAAGAUGCGGCGUUGGAAAGUUUGGGAGAAGGAGACUCAAACGGUGGAAUACCAAGCUGCCAACGAUCCUAAUCGGUUUAGAUUCACAAGACAAACGACUUUUGCCCGGCGGCAUUCGAAUUCAUGUUCAGAGACAUCAAUCCUGUUGUGGAUUAAAUGCUUCUUUCAACAGUUCUACAACUCGGUGGAAAAAGUUGACUACCUUACAUUACGCCAUGGUUUCAUCGCUGCUCAUUUAUCAACAAAUACUUCUUUCAAUUUCCAAAAAUACAUACAACGAUCUUUGGAGGAUGAUUUCAAAGUUGUAGUUGGCAUCAGCCCUUUCAUGUGGUUUUUGGUUACUGUCUUCCUGCUGCUGGACGUACACGGUUGGAAUGUGUAUCUAUGGGUAUCAUUUCUCCCAUUGACAAUAGUGCUAGUUCUGGGAACCAAGCUCCAAGUAAUAUUAGCAAAAAUGGCACAUCAAGUCAAAGAUCAGAACAGUGUAAUCCGAGGAGCCCCUUUGGUGAAACCCAACGAUGACUUCUUCUGGUUCAGUCAACCGAAAUAUGUCUUGACCCUUUUGUAUUACACUUUAUUCAUGAAUGCAUUUGAGGCUUCAUUUUUCGUCUGGGUUUCGUUACAAUAUGGAAUAAAGUCCUGCUACCAUGAGAACAAAGAAAUAAUCGUUAUCAGGAUGGUCUUAGCGGUGAUAGUUCAAGUCUUGUGCAGUUACAUUACUCUUCCACUCUAUGCUCUUGUGACCCAGAUGGGAUCAAAUUUCAAGAGUGCAGUACUGGAAGAGCAGACAGCUAAAGUUAUAAAACAGUGGCACGACGGGGUGAAGCAGAAACGGAAGAAACAAGCUGGAUCUUCACAUGUCGGUAAUGAUUUUUCGAAAAGCAACGAAUCCGUCUCCCCAGAUUUAUCAUCUCAUCAUCGAACACCAACUUUGUCAGAAACCGCUAGCUUUCCUAACAAUUCUGAGAUUGUUGAAGAAGAUAGAGAGAUACAAGAGGAAGCUGGCCCUGCUACCAGGACUACCACAGUAGUUGUUGAUAUUGAAUUGCCUUCCGUCACAAGAAAUUAGAGAGGAUUACCAGAUUCUCUGAACAAUUCCAGGGCCAUUAACUUUUGUUCCUUUGUAUAGUGGAUUAGUGUAUAAUCUUUAAAAUGUGAUUCAAUUAUUCCUGCACAAAUUAUAAGAUUUAAAAGCUGACAUCCCACAAGUAUAUGAUUUAAGUGUCAGAUAAUCAUGAUCAUGGUAAAAUACUCAAUAUCGGUAAAAUAAAUUAAAACCAUAUUUAUGUCGUCUUAAUUGUGAACUAUAAUUGAUGCUAAAACUUGAUUUUUGACCCGUGGCAAGAAAAGGAUGAAAAGGGACGGUUUGAAGAUCAAAGUUGGCUCGACCUUAGUCCAUCUAGGGCCGGAGUAAGUCGAGCGAUUAAUAAGAGAAGAAGAAGAAGUUUCCUUUAUCAUAACUUCAUUAGACUCAACAGGAAUAGAAUACAGGCAAGAUACCUUCUUUUAGAGACUAGCAUUAUUAGAAACCUAAUGAUAUUCAGGUGUCUUUCUUCUCUAAAUUCUGAUAAAACUUGAGUUCAUUUCUAACAUUUGUAAAUUUUUUUUUUUCAAACUUCUCUUAAUUUAUUAUUAUUAUUAUUGUUAUUAUUUAAAUGAAGUCAAAUUCAACUGUUUGAAUAACGAGAUACAUAUAAUACAUAUUAAUGAAUCAAAUGUUCAAUGUACAAAUAUGAUUGAAUCCCCCAGUGUUUGCAUUAUGACCAUAUUUUAUCAAAACAUGGACAUGUUUGAUGCCACUGAGUCACCUACGUACCCACCUGCUUAUGCAUUCAAAUUAACUAUUACUCCAUGAAAAAUCGUAAUCGAAAACUUGGAGUCAUUCACCAUGGAAACGAUUGUAGGGCUACGAUUAAUCAGCAAUUUCUUUCGUAUGAUAAGGAUUUUGCCUUGUAAGAAUGAUCAAAUCUUAGUAGUAACUGUAAUUUGUAAACAUGCUAU